CUUCUCGGGAAGGUUCCGGGUGACGCCUUCUGGUCCGGGGGCGGGCGAACCUAGAGCUACUUGGCUUUGCUGGGAAGGCAGUGGUAACCGGGAGACGGCUCUGGGGAGGCCUCCCUGGAAGACCGCGGCGGGGGAGGGGACUCGAGGUAGGGGUUCCCUCUGGGAGCCAGUCUGCUAUGCUGCUGGGAACGUGACCGCUGUGGGACUGAGGUGGGACCUGAGUGGACGCAGCCUACGAGCUUCUCAUCUUUCUUGGGCCUAAUUUCCUGCAGCCAGCUAGGCCUCAUCAGAAAGGCCUCCUUUCCUUGCGGCCCUCCAGCUUUGAAGCCGGGAGAUGGCCUCCCCGAAUUCCCCACUGGAGCCAAAGGAGUGGGAUUAUUUGGACCCAGCUCAGAGAAGCCUCUAUAAAGAUGUCAUGAUGGAGAAUUAUGGAAACCUGGUCUCAUUGGAUGUUUUGAACAGAGAUAAGGAUGAAGAGCCAACUGUAAAACAAGAAAUUGAAGAAAUUGAGGAUGAAGUGGAACCACAGAGUGUUAUAGUUACAAGAAUCAAAAGUGAAAUUGACCAAGAUCCCAUGGGUAGAGAAACCUUUGAACUUGUUGGUAGGUUAGAUAAACAGAGAGGGAUCUUCUUAUGGGAAAUACCACGGGAAUCUUUGACCCAGGAACAGAAAGUGUUCAUAGGAAACACUAACAUCCGGAAGAGAACAGACACAGAAGAGAAAUGCCAUAAAUGUGAAGAAUGUGGGAAGGGUUUUGUUCGGAAGGCCCAUUUCAUUCAACAUCAAAGGGUUCAUACUGGUGAGAAGCCCUUUCAGUGCAAUGAAUGUGGGAAAAGCUUUAGUCGUAGUUCAUUUGUUAUUGAACAUCAGAGAAUUCACACUGGUGAGAGGCCCUAUGAGUGUAAUUACUGUGGAAAAACCUUUAGUGUGAGCUCUACUCUUAUUAGACAUCAGAGAAUCCACACUGGAGAAAGGCCCUAUCAGUGUAAUCAGUGCAAACAGAGCUUCAGUCAGAGAAGGAGCCUUGUUAAACAUCAGAGGAUUCACACAGGUGAGAAACCUCAUAAAUGUAGUGACUGUGGGAAAGCCUUCAGUUGGAAGUCACACCUUAUUGAGCAUCAAAGAACUCACACUGGUGAAAAGCCCUAUCAUUGUACCAAAUGCAAGAAAAGCUUUAGUCGAAACUCACUGCUUGUUGAACAUCAGAGAAUUCACACUGGGGAAAGACCCCACAAAUGUGGGGAAUGUGGGAAAGCCUUUAGGUUAAGUACAUAUCUUAUACAACACCAAAAAAUUCACACUGGUGAGAAACCUUUUCUUUGCGUUGAGUGUGGAAAAAGCUUCAGUCGGAGUUCAUUCCUUAUUGAACAUCAGAGGAUCCAUACUGGUGAACGACCUUAUCAAUGCAAAGAGUGUGGGAAAAGUUUCAGUCAACUUUGCAACCUCACUCGUCAUCAACGAAUUCACACAGGAGACAAACCUCAUAAAUGUGAGGAAUGUGGAAAAGCCUUCAGUAGAAGCUCAGGUCUUAUUCAGCAUCAAAGGAUCCACACUAGGGAGAAGAUUUAUUCAUACAGUGAAACUAAAGAAAGUUUUGAUCCCAAUUGCAAUCUCAUUAUACAGCAAGAAGUCUACCCUAAGGAAAAAUCUUACAAAUGUGAUGAAUGUGGAAAAACUUUUAGUGUUAGUGCUCACCUUGUACAACAUCAAAGAAUCCAUACUGGUGAAAAGCCCUACCUAUGUACUGUUUGUGGGAAAAGCUUCAGUCGAAGCUCAUUUCUUAUUGAACAUCAGAGAAUCCACACUGGUGAGAGACCUUAUCUAUGCAGACAGUGUGGCAAAAGUUUUAGUCAACUUUGUAAUCUUAUCCGACAUCAAGGUGUUCACACAGGUAAUAAGCCUCAUAAGUGUGAGGAAUGUGGAAAGGCCUUUAGCCGAAAUUCAGGUCUUAUUCAGCAUCAGAGAAUACAUACAGGAGAGAAACCUUAUAAGUGUGAGAAAUGUAACAAAAGUUUCAGUCAACAACGCAGCCUUGUUAACCACCAGAAGAUCCAUAUAGAGGUCAAAACACAAGAAACUCAUGAAUGUGAUGCUUGUGGUGAAGCAUUUAAUUGCCAUUUUUCCCUUAUUCAACAUCAAAAGUUGCAUACGGCAUGGAUGCAGUAAAUGUAGAGAAAUAUGUUGGCUCAAUUUGAGACUAGCUACCUAAGUAUAAUUUUAGUAUGGUUAAAUAUGGGUUAGAUUUAGUGAUAAAUUGUCCUUGGCCUCAAGCACAUGGUUUCUAAAGAUCUUGUGAAUAGUACAUAACUGUCCAUGGGCAGUUGACUUCCAGCUGUUUUCAUGAUUAUGGAGAAAGACUAAUUUAUCUAAACAUCUUUCAGCAGAGAAGUUAAAUCCAGGUGCAGAGCAUAUGAAAGUGCUCUAAAGGAGAAAGUUAAAUUAGUGCAAGGGAACUCGGAGCAAGGUCAGAGAUAUUAGAAAACUGAAAAACUCCUCUGCCACUAUCUCAUGGUGGUCCUUUCAGUUCUGUGAUAAUGUUUGGCUAUGCAUGUCCAAGCCCAGUUAUCAAGCAUAUGUAAGUUGUCAAAGUCCAGAUGUCAGUGAAAUUAGUAUACAAAGUUUUUAUUGUUAAGUCAGCUGUUUGAACAUGGGAGUUAACGAAAGUUAAUUCCUAGUGCUCAGAUCAGUGAAAUGAAUGAGCCAUUAACUUUCUCUAUGUAUACAGAUUAUGUGACUAAUUUAGCAAAGGUGUUGCCAAGGAAUCUUUGGAAGUACUCCCGCCAACGAGAUGAGCCUAAAAAAAAAUGUGGAAUAAAAUACUGUGGUGCAAUCCCAUAUGUGAAAGAUUGAUAAAGAUUAUUCCUGCACUACCAGGAGCAUGUGGAAGUGUAUAUAUUUUGAUUACCAAUAAUUGGAAAUAAAAAGACCUGGAGUUUAUGCUAGGAAGCUGAGAUAUUUUGGUAUUACUUUGGGUUUUAAACUAGAUUUUGCAUGCAAUUUUAAAGUAUUUCAGUUCAAGGGCUUCCCUUAGUUCAUGGUGGUUAUAAACCUCUUAAGCAUAUGUUUUAAUUAUUAAAACCUGUUUUGUUUUUU